AUGUUCAUCAUGAAGGCCCUCGUGCUCCUCUUGGUUUUGCUCAGCGUUGCUCUGGAUGUCACAGCUCAAGCAGGUGGAGUUGUUGAAGCCGCACCACAGGAGGUGAAGGGUGACAACCAGGGGGAUGGGUCUGAGGUAUUUUCUGCUGGAGAGAUGGCUUCAUCAGCUGAAGGUCGUUUCUUCGCUUGUCCCACUGGUUGGACCAGAUACAGGAAUGGCUGCUAUCUGUAUGUGCACUCUGGCAGAACCUGGAGCAGUGCUGCGGCCAACUGCAGGAGUCUGGGAGCCUCCUUGGCUUCUGUCAGUGACGUGUUUGAUUACAGUUUCCUGCAGGACCUGACCAUGAGGUCAGGAAACUCCGUCGCCUGGAUGGGAGGAUUCUACUUCCAGGGCUGGAGGUGGGUGGACCAGACCCCCUUCACAUACAACUACUGGAACUCACAGAAUACUGUCAGCCGCUACCAGUGCGUCUACCUUAAUGCCAGGGCGGGCUGGUCCAAUCAUGACUGCAAUAAUGGAUGGACAUCCAUCUGCAUGAAGAGAAUUGAUACCUGCUAA